UAGAUCACGUGUUGCUCUUGCUUUUGUACCACCACUCCAUCACUGUCUACCGAUUCUACAUGUCGGUUUCGUAGCACAGGAAUCUUUCUAUGGACUGCAAGAUAUGUGAGCUGAAGCAGCGACAAUUCUAUUGUGAGAAUUGCCUCAAAACACACAUUCGUGACUUUCGCAUCCAAACGCAACAUUUUGCUGCCGACCGCGAUGACCAGGUAGCAAAGUCAUCUAGAGCACUGGAUGGCUUCAAUGCUUCUCGAAUCCGCCGCGCCAAUAUCUCUGACAUCCAGAGCCGUGUGGACGAGUUGAUGAAUGGGCUUGCUAGCAUGCGAAAGGACAACGAGAAGAAACGGGAUCGUCUCCGAGCGCUGCGCGAAACACUAGCUACGCGUCGACAGACAUUAUCUGCUGCCAAACUCCAGCCACAGCCCAGCAUUGCACAUCAAGCCACACGUGAGGCUCAGGAACUCAAAGCACUGUCGGUUACUAUUGCCCGUGCUCGUUCAGGUCUCGUUCAAGAAUUGGUUGAAGUCUUCAACGUUGUAGAAGUGGGCGGCCGGCCGCCCAUUGGAGGAAAGGCCGGAACAAAGGGUGAAUGGACCAUCGGCGACCUGAUUCUACCAGUCCCAGGCGAUAUACGGCGUUAUCCACCCGACCAUAUAAAUGCCGUAAUCACCCACACGAUACAUUUCGUCUCACUUCUCACUCUCUACCUUGGAGUCAAGCUUCCUUUUGAGAUCCAUUGGACAGGGAAGAAGCUUGGUGUGGGUCAGCCGUGGAUUGGCGCAGUCAGAGGGAGUGAACAUGGUGGCUGGGCGAAAUGGCACACCAAGCAUCCCCUACACCUUUCAUCGACUACGUUAUCAACAGCUACGCCUUCUAGUACCAAGAGCAUACCCAUAACAUCGGAAUCCUAUCUCGAGCCAGAUCCUGAACCACAGGCGUCGUUCACGACUGCCUUAGCCAUGCUCCUCUACAAUGUCUCUUACCUCGCCUACACCCAGAAUGUCGAUGUCCCACUCAAUCAAGCAGGCGAUGUUCUGAGCAACCUUUGGAGUGUUUGUUGCAGCAGUGAUCUUGGAAAGUGCGUACAGUUAUUUGCCCUUUUACCUGACUUUGACUUUGCGCCCAGGCGGUCUCACGAGACGAACCCAUUCCUCCCACCACCUACGCCAGCUGGGUUUGGCUUAGAUUUCAUGCAGCUCCUCCAGGCAACCACUGCGAAUCCUGCGUCGAGAGUGCGUGCACAUAAGGCGAGAAAAAGAGUCGAAAAGUUGCCAGAGGUGGACGAGGAUGGAUGGGACAUUGUUGAAGAUACAACGUGAUUGG